AUGGAUGCCCCGGCCAUAGAUAUCAAUUUCUUUGACGAUGGGGCCUUCGUGGUCUUGGGCUCUGCGGUCAAGUUGCUGGAUACCACCUCGGAGAUCGUUCGCAUUGCCGUGGACUCUUUCCUGCGCGGCGGCCUUCGUUUGAAUCUCAAGUGGGGCAAGAGCCACCCCGGGAUGGGCCUGGGGCAGCUCCCCACCAUCGCGUCCUCUGGCGAGUCCGCGCUGGCGGACUCCCCGGGCCCGCGGGACGAGAAGCAGGGCCUGCAUGCGCCCGGCUCUGGGUCCUCCCUGCCCAUCGCGGCCUCGCUGCCCUCCAGGCAGGGGGCUUGUAGCCUUGGUGCCACCUCGAGGGACGGGUCGCAGCGCGACCUCACCAGCAUGAGGCCGCAGUCUAAGGCGUCCGGCACCGGCAUCGGCACACCCUCGAUGACGCCCAGCUCCAGCCCCGGCGAGUCCUCGCUGAAGCCCUUCGCGCCCAGCCCCUUCGCGCCCGCGCCUGCACCGCAGGCGCUGGCGGCGGGCAACGCCGAGCUGCUGCCCACAAAGGCGCACGCGCCCGAAGGGUCCACCUUCACUGCGUCGUCGGCGGCCCCAGGCUUCGGUCUGUCCAGGAGC